AUGUUCUGCAAAGCUCUGAUUGUGGAUUCAUCGAAGCCCGUACAACGUAAUCCUCAGCGCAACUAUCGCGCUCGUCAACUGCAGUUCAAAAAACUUCUGCAAAAAGAUCAGGAAAGACGUGAGCAAGCGUUACAGGGGCAAAAUCUGAAGAUGAAGCGGAGCAUUGCUAAAGAGCAGCAACGUGCAUUCAAAAUGUGGCAACGUCGUGGUGGAAAUGCUCGCCAAGGACAACGUGGUACUGGUGGACGUUACCCUGGAGAGAGGCCUAAGGAUCGCCUCCCUUCAGUGCAAGUUCGUCCAGAAUGGCAAGUAAUAGAAGAAAUGGACUUCCCUCGUCUUCUCAAGCUCAAUUUACCUGGGGUAGGCAACGGAGAGGACAUUGGUAAACAUCUGUAUGGGACUCUGCACUUCUACGACAAGGCAAUCGACCGUGUAUCAGUUCGAAAUCCUAUUACAUUGCAACGUUGCGGUGGUAAUUUUUACAACGUUACAACCACUGAGGACCCGGUCAUAGAAGAGUUAGCUCAGCAAGGAAUUGGAAAUGUUUUCGCUACCGAUAUCAUCAUUGCAACCCUUAUGACUGCACCUAGAUCGGCGAGCCAGACUUCACCGGUAUACUCGUGGGAUAUUGUUGCGCAUCGUGUUGGAGAUAAACUGUUCCUGGACAAACGCGAUACAGGUGGCAUAUCAAAUCCUGUUGAUGCAUUGACUGUGUCUGAAACAAGUGGUGAUCCACCGUCGUUUGAGGGUGCGGGUAUAAAUAAUGCAAAGGAUUUGGCUACGGAGGCGUUGUUCAUCAAUCAAAAUUUCCGCCGGCAAGUGCUUAAACGCAACGAACAUCCAUACGUCAUGGCCCAUCCUCGAGCACCUUUCGAAGAAGAGGGUGGUGAAUCAGGUUGUGGCUAUAGGUAA